UAUUUGAAUAAGCAAGAUGGCGGCUGCAGCCGUGGUUGAGUUUCAGAGAGCUCAGUCUCUCGUUAGUACCGAUCACAACGCUUCUAUCGAUAUUUUACAUUCAAUAGUGAGGAGAGACGUUCAGGAGAACGAUGAGGAGGCUGUCAGGGUUAAAGAACAGAGCAUCCUGGAGCUGGGGACACUACUGGCCAAGACUGGACAGGCCGCAGAACUCGGUGGUCUGCUGAAAUUUGUGAGGCCUUUCUUGAUUUCGAUCAGUAAGGCCAAAGCAGCUCGACUGGUUCGGUCUUUGCUUGAUCUCUUUCUUGACAUGGAAGCAGCAACGGGACAGGAGGUGGAGCUGUGCCUUGAGUGCAUUGAGUGGGCUAAAGCUGAGAAGAGGACCUUCCUACGGCAAGCCUUAGAGGCACGGUUGAUCUCACUCUAUUUUGACACAAAAAGAUACCAGGAGGCCUUGUCAUUAGGCUCACAGUUACUUCAGGAGCUGAAAAAGAUGGAUGACAAAGCUCUUCUCGUCGAGGUUCAACUGCUGGAAAGUAAGACGUACCACGCGCUCAGCAACCUGCCCAAGGCCCGUGCCGCUCUGACCUCAGCCAGAACCACCGCCAACGCUAUUUACUGUCCUCCAAAGCUCCAAGCAGCACUGGACAUGCAGUCAGGGAUCAUUCAUGCAGCCGAGGAGAAGGACUGGAAGACUGCCUACUCCUAUUUUGAGGCCUUCGAGGGCUAUGACUCCAUCGACAGCCCAGAGCCAUCACAGCACUCAAAUUACAUGCUUCUCUGCAAAAUUGUGCUGAACUUACCUGAGGAAGUCCAGUCUCUGAUCAGUGGUAAACUGACUUUGCGAUAUGCCGGCCGCCAGGCAAGAACACCUCAUUUUGUACCUGUAGGACAUUCCCUAACAGAGUACACAGCAGAACUGCGAGACGACCCAAUUAUCAACACCCACCUGGCCAAACUGUACGACAGCCUGCUGGAACAAAACCUCAUCAGAGUCAUUGAACCGUUCUCCAGAGUACAAAUGGAACACAUAUCAGGGAUAAUCAGUUGUCAAAAGGGAAAUGUUGAGAGGAAGUUAUCACAGAUGAUUCUUGAUCAAAAGUUUCAUGGAAUCCUUGACCAAGGCGAAGGUGUGUUGAUCAUAUUUGAUGAGCCUCCAGUGGACAAAACAUAUGAAGCAGCUUUGGAAACGAUUCAGAACAUGAGCAAAGUUGUGGAUUCACUUUACAACAAAGCCAAAAAGCUAACAUAGAGCAAAUACCCUCAGCAGUGUGAUGGAAGAUGUGUGUGUGUGUGUGUGUGUGUUUGAACGGUGUGUCAUUUUAAAAAGGGGACAGGGGAGAUCAACAAGUCCUACAAAACAGGAUUCACCCGCUUCCCUCUCAAUGGACAGUUUCUUCACUCCCACUCCUUAAUUUUAGACCUAUUUUCAGGAUUGUGUGCAACACUCAGCGGCCAUGUCAGGCCAUCAGGGAAAACUGUGCAACUACAAUAACAAG